AGUCUUUCAUUCCUUUCACUUCUGAACUUCAUUGAUUGAAGUUCUUCCAUUCUUUCGUCACUCUUUAGAUAUUCCGCUGUGCGUGAAUCAGUACAAAAUGUCUCUUUCUAAGUUUGCGGGAGUCUUGCUGGCCUCAGCUUCCCUUGUGGCUGGACAUGGGUAUGUGUCGAGCAUCGAGGUGGACGGUACUACUUACGGUGGUUACCUGGUUGACACCUACUACUACGAGUCCGAUCCCCCGGAGCUGAUUGCCUGGUCCACGAAUGCCACGGAUGAUGGCUAUGUCUCUCCCACCCAAUACGAGAGCUCCAACAUCGUCUGCCAUCGUGGCUCCGCUCCUGGUGCACUUGAGGCUCCGGUCGCACCGGGUGGAACCGUCAAGAUGACCUGGAACACUUGGCCCGAUGACCACCAUGGGCCAGUGAUCACCUACCUGGCCAACUGCAAUGGCUCUUGCGCCGAUGUCGAUAAAACGGCUUUGCAAUUUUUUAAGAUCGAUGCUGGUGGCCUGAUCGAUGAUUCUGAGAUCCCCGGCACCUGGGCUACCGACAAGCUUAUCGACAACAACUACACCCGCAGCAUUACCAUCCCAUCUGAUAUCGAGGCUGGAAGCUAUGUUCUUCGCCACGAGAUUAUUGCCCUGCACGGUGCUGAGGACUUGGAUGGCGCCCAGAACUACCCCCAGUGCAUCAACCUGAACGUCACCGGAAGCGGCACUGCCACCCCGAGUGGAACCCUGGGAACUGCCUUGUACAAGGACACCGACCCCGGCAUCUACGUUGACAUCUGGCAGAGCAUCAGUAGUUACACCAUCCCCGGCCCGACCCUCUAUACCGCUGGCAGCACUGCCACCGCGGCUGCUGCUACGACCACCACUGCUGCAGCCACCAGCGCAUCGACGACUGAAGCCGCUGUCGUGACGUCUGCUGCCGCCUCUUCCGCUGGCACUGGAUCCCAGACCACCAUGGUCACCUCCUCUCGAUCCGGCAACGCCAGCCCUUCCGACUCGGCCUCUACCCCCACCAGCUCCACUCCCAGCGCUGCUUCCAGCUCCGCAUCUUCGGUUACCUCGGGCGUCUUGAGCGGCUCUUGCAGCCAGGAAGACUACUGGUACUGCAAUGGCGGCACGGCGUUCCAGCGCUGCGUCAAUGGCGAGUGGGAUGCGUCUCAGAGCAUGGCUACAGGCACUGAGUGCACUCCUGGAAUCUCGGAGACGCUGACUAUCGCUGCUUCUUCGAAGCGUCGCAAUGUUAGCGGUCUGCGUCGUCGUCGCUUGUAA